GUUCGUCCGGGGUUUGGCUCUGUGGUUGGGGGGUUAAAUUUAUUAUUUUUUUUUCCUUGCUGCGUGCAAUACAGUGUUGCAGACUGGCUUGUAUUCCUGUCAGAAAGAGAACUUUUAGAAAAAAGGAGAUCAUAAGUGCAGAUGUGAUUGAGGAGGACUCGCAGGAAGAUGGACACACACCGCUCCUGACCUUCCUGCCAGCUGCAGGCAGUCCUUGGCAUCAGGCAUGGCAGAACAUGAGCCAGCAGUGGCCAAGAAGGCCAGUGACAUCAUGGCCUGUAUCAGUGUGGCCAGCAGGACCAGGGCAGUGAUCGUCACCCUGUACUCAGCACUGGAAGGCAUGAGGUGUGGUCCUGGACAACAGCCACCAAAGAAUCCUUGUGUCUCAUGUGGCAAAAAGUGAAAGUGCAGCUAAUGCUAAGCAUGUCUUUCCUUGCUGCUGUUUUUUGGUAUUGUAGAAGGCUAUACAGCUUUUUAGCACAGCUACUGAAAUGGUGGAGCAACUACCUUCAGACAAAACUCAUAAGGAAUCUCAGUGUGCUGACAGAAGUUGAUCUACUUGGUUACAGUGCAAGAGAAUGGAAAGAAGAAACAAAGCAGGCUAAACACAUGAGGGAGGCCUAUGAAGAAUUGUUUUGGAGCUGUCAUAUCAAAUACCUGAGACAAGUCAGGAGAGACAACUACAGUGCAGUAAGAGCAGUGCUUUUUCAAAUAUUCAGCCAAGGCAUUCCUUUUCCUUCAUGGAUGAAGGAGAGAGAUAUACUGAAGCUUCCUGAAAAGCUUUUGUAUUCUCAAGGUUGUAACUGGAUUCAGCAAUACAGUUUUGGGCCAGAAAGAUACACAGGUCCCAAUACCUUUGGGAAAUUGCGCAAAUGUAUGGAGGCAUUAAAGACAAAUUGGGCUGAAAUAAAUGCUAUUAAAGAUCAGGAGGAAAGAGGAAACAUGUGUAAUACACUCUUUUCUGAUGAAAGCAAGGAACACAAACUAUAUGAGGCCAUAAAGUUCAUCAUGCUCUAUGAAGUUGUUGAAGCCUAUGAGCAGAUAAAGAACAGGGACGAACCUGUACACAACCUUUUUAACCUUCUUUUUGCUCGUGAUACUUCCUCUGACCCUCUGAGUUUUAUGAUGAAUCAUCUGAACUCCAUAGGUGACUCUAUUUGUCUAGACCAGGUUGAACUGUUUCUUCUUGGAUAUGUACUUCAAGUAAAGAUAAGAGUUUACAGACUGCAUAGGUUUAAUACUGAGGAAUUUCAAGUAAACUAUCCAGAUGAAUACCGAAGGGAAUGGAAUGAGAUUUCUCUCCUGACUGAGGAUGACCGCUACUAUCACAUCCCCCUGUUCAGAACGUGAAGGGCCAGUGACUUCUUUUUCCUUUGUAAAAUACAGUGAGUGACCAGUUCCAGUGAAUUAGGUUUCUAAUCAUCAGCAGUAAAAUCUUGAGAAUGCUUGUUAAUGAACACAGAAUGAUUUAUGGGUUUAUUGUGUAAACAAUUUGCUUUCCCAUUGCAGCUCAGUUCACCAUCAGUCAGCCAUAAAAACCAUAAAAUAUAUUGCUGUAGUGUCUGGGGAAAAGAAACAUCACAUUUGAGGACUGUCAGACAAAAAAAAAUUGGACUGCCUGACAAAGAAAGCAAAGGCAAUGCUGGGUUUUCCAUUGCUAGCUUAAGGGUUUACUCUGACAUCCAUGGAUGGGUUAAACUCAAGUGCCUAAAGCAAUGAAACUGCCUUUCCCUACUGCCUGUCUGUCUCUAGCUAGGGAGGAUGAAUCACAGAGGAAGCAACUCUUGGGGUCCCACAGUUUAUACUCCAAAGUAUUUAACUUGUAUUGACUUGGGGCUGCCUGGCAUGGGAGGACCUAAACUGGGGCCUCUGUGUAGGUGCUUCAAAUCUCACUUGGCUUCCCUUUUUGCUGGAAUGCCUCUCUCCAGGGACAGGCAGAGCAAGCAGCUGCUGGCUGAACUUUCUUCAGACAUGAGAAAUUAGGCCGUCUGCACCCAGCAGAGAUGUCUGAAGGUGAAGAACUUUUACACAGGGGGAAAAAAUCAACAAGAAUACUGUGCCAUAUGAUUGGAAGAUUGAUCUGCUUUAUAAGUGAGGAAAGUUCAUAGCUUUCUCAAAGCUAAAAAGGGCAGUAUUAAUCAGUCACAGGCAACAGUUAGACCCAGUAGCUGCAUGUGGUUUUUGUCAACUUGUAAAUCCUUUAAGGGGUGAUUCCAACAUUACCUGCCAAGAUUUCCUUUUCAAUUCAUCUGAGAAAACUGUGCAUGGAAUACAUUCACAAACACUGUAUUUCCAGAAAAUACUCAUUUUCUAUGCAUUAUGUGAUUUCAGCGGUGUUGCAUACAUGUUUUACCCUCUGAGUAUGCAAUGUCUAAGAUUGCUCUUACUUAGGUCUCCAUGUUUGAAGAAUUCUGUCUGGGACAACUAAAUGAAAUUUACCUUACUACAUGGAACAUUUUGUUCAGUUCUGUUUUCUAAAAGAAUCAGUUGUGUUUUGAUUAUUUCAAAAUAAGGGACCUUAACUUGAAGAAAUCUUAGAUCUCGCAAAAUAUUUGUGAAAAGCUUACAAUGCCAUAGGCAUACGGUUGUAUUGAAGAAAGCAGGAUUAAUUAAGAAACAAAGCCUCUCCUUUCCUUAUCCUGGAGAUAAGGGGACAGGCAUGUUUGUUUUUCAGUUCCUUCAGGAGAAAAUGCAAACCAGUAACAAAAAAGUGAACAGGGCCUGCAGGAACUAAAGCAGUUGCAUGAGGUAUUUAAAUGUAAUGCUUGGAGUCAAUGGAGAGCACUCAGUUCCUUUGUGUAAAGGAAAGAAAUUUUACCCCUUACACUCCUUUUAUUUGUAUGUUCAUGUAUAUAUAUUUAUAAACACAAACACUUGAAUUCUGUAUUGUAGCAGUUUUGUUUCUUGGAAGUGUUUCUGAGUUCAGUUUUGUUCAAUAACUUGUAACUUUUAAUUAAGAAGUUUUGAUAGCUGUAAUAAUUUCAUCUCAUCAAAACCUGCAUAGAAAACACUUUAUUUAUUAAAAGGAGCUCUUUUUCACUGAAUUAAGUAAUUUUCUUAGUUUAGAUUUGGUUCUGCUCUGCAUGGGGAAAUGUUAUAAUGCCUGAGUGUAGAAUAUUGCUGUCUAUUUUGCAUCAACAGUAACAUUUACAGCUAUCAAUAAACUUGCCUAUAUUUUAUUCUUGUUUUGGUACAAGCAGACAUACCAAAAAAAGUAUGUAUUUUUAUAGUGGGCUUUUUAAUGUUUUGCAUAUUAUUUAAGAAUAGAAAUAAAAGCAUUACAGCUAAAAGUGGUAAAUUGUCAAAAUGUACGUUUUUGUGAUCUUGAGCAUUUUAAUAGCAGCUGAUUAAUAAAUAUCUAACACAGAAAGUGGAAUUUAUCUCACCAAUUUGGAUGUCUCCAUCUGAACUAGGUCACCUUGGGCUCCCUGCCUUGUCAGUGGCACACAGCCAGCCAGAGGAUGGGGUCUCUACCAGGGUCUGGUUCUCCUGACUGACUGUAGUGAGAGCUGGAAGUGAUCAGCACAAAUCUCUCUGCCCUAAAUAUUUGAAGUUAGGUGAGAUUUUGUCCCAGUAAUCCAGAAGGUACAUAUUGAAACAGAUCUGCUGGCUUAUCAGAUGUCAAAGGUAAUAGCCAGAUCAUAACAGGAACAGAAAUGGGAUGUGAAGAAAGGAGCUUCAAGUGAGGAUAAUCACAAGUCAGAGAUAAAUGCAGACAGAGCUCUACACAGGAUCUUAAGAAACAUAAAGACAGGUUUGAGGCUGCACUGAGUUUUAAUUAAUUACUCUGGUAAUAUAUUUUACAGGUGUAUAAAACAAAAAAAUACAUAUUUUUUGUAUAUAAUGAAAUACAUAUGUAAUAUAUGAAAUGCAUGUGCAGAUAUAUAAAAAAAUAUAUAUAAAAGAAAAAUACAUUAAUAAGAAAAUCAUUCUGAAUAAAGGGCAUCUGGAACUAAGUGGUACUAUGGAAGUGACAGGUGCUGCAUGAUCUGUUCCAAUCGGUGGCAGAGACAAAUCUGCUGUACAAAUCCAGAAGCACAGAGUCAUUACCAAUUUUUUUUUAAAAUGCAGUGUUGUAGGCAGCUAAAGGCAGGAUGUGUUUAUUAUUUAUUGGUUUUAGUUUAGUAAGAAGAAGAAAACAUACUGAAUCCUCCACGUUGGAUUUGGAUUUUUCCCCAGACUUGAAAAUGUGUGUUAAGAAUUUAACAGGGCAGCUGAAGAAAUUUAUAUCUUUUAUGCGUAAUGGAGUAAAACGUUUUGGGGUUUGAACGGAAUCUUUUGUUAAAAACUGCAUCUCAAAAAAUGUAUAAACCACGUUACAUAUUUCCUUUUAUCUCCAAAAGAAAUACUGGCAAUAUUCAUUCUUCAGCUCUUAACACUGAAAUUGCUUCUUGUCUAGUUUGUGGCUGCUAAGUGAAGCUAACUAAAAGUUGCCCAGUGUAGUUUUUUUUGUUGCUGGUAAGUUCACCUGCUUAGGCUCAGGGUAUUGAGUUCAAUGUCUAGGAAGUAGUUUUCCAAUGCAGUUUUUAAUUUGCUUAAACCACAGAUUUAAGGAAUAUGUAUGGUUUCAAAACAGUUCGUUUCUCCAGAAAAAU